UUUCGGUUUUCAGACAAUUUCAUUAUCAGCUUCUUCCACCGGAGACAACGGUCCAGCAGCAUGAGAAUGAGCCACAGGGAUCGGUCCAGAUCUCUUGAAAGAUUGCGCCGAGAUGGGAGGGACAGAGACAGACGAUCGUCCAGGGACGAGCGGGAUGAUGUACGAGACCGUGAUUCGAGAUACGCCGAAUCGUCCUCGUCUUCGCGGUACCAACGUCUUAGCAAGGACGACGAGUAUGAGGAGAAUUCCCGUCGAGCCCUCAAGGAGAGACCUAGGAGCUACAGGGGAUCACUGUCGCCAGACAGACGUCGAGGCGGGGAUUCUCGUCGGCACAAUGAGCACAGAGAAGACAAGGAUCACCGCAAGACCUCUCAUAAUGACCGGGAACGCAGCCGCAGAGCUCGUGACAGGGUCUACGAUUCAGAUGACGAUGAGCUGUUGGAUCUCAAGGUACUGGGGGUGGAGACCAUCUCAGAAGAGGACUACUUCAUCAAGUCUGCUCAAUUCAAAUACUGGUUGAAAGAUGCAAGAGGAAGGUACCUUGACGAAAUGUCAUCUGAAUCCGCACAUAAAUAUUUUCGACGCUUCGUCAGACGAUGGAACGAUGGUGCUCUCAAAGAAAAGUACUAUCGAUCGCCUGAAGGCGGGUCACCUUCUAUUAAUACCGCUUACAAGUGGUCUUUCGCCUCAGAAAGCACUGGUCAACUCAACGGCCACGCUGCUGGUGAUAUGCGCCGGGAAUAUCACGAUCUCAACAACAACGAUAGUGAUCCGUCUGAUCCAUCACUGUAUGGCCCAUCUCGUCCUGAUUCUUUGUCUGCGACUUCAUCCCGCCCUCUUGGUCCCACUCUACCCACCGGAGCAGAUCGUCAAUUGGCCAAAGAGGCUGAAUCGGAGUAUCGUAAAUCAGAAUACAAAGCGAAAAUGAAACAAGGUUAUGAACGAGCAGACGAGAUGGUACCUAAGUCCAUCGGGAAAGAAGGCAAAAUGGCCGAAAAGCGAGCUACGAACGCUGUCAAUAGAGAGUUCAGGGAAAAGGAAGUAGGGGGAUUGGAGGUUGAUGAAGGGACAUUGAUGGGAGGAGGUGAUAGCAGUUUUGCAGCGGCCCUUCGCGCUAGAGACGCAGCUAAGAACCGACGAGAAGAUAAACGCGCGAUGGAUCUCGCGGAUCGUCGUGCCGCGGCGGAUGAAAGACUGGCAGAGCGGAGAGCAAAAGAGUCAGCCACGAUGGAUAUGUUCAAAGCACUUGCCAAACAGCGAUUUGGGUGAAAUAAGAAGCAUUCGCCGAAUCGUCGACGAUCGAAAUCGACUGAUUUGGCCGAGACCAUGCCAAUCAAUUCUCUACUCUGCUUCUGCUUCUUACACUGGCAGUUUUGUAAACGCAGAUUGACGCCCUCCGGUCCAGAAUCCUAGUACCCUGGACGGACGUCCUCAGCUCAUGCCCCGAAGAUGUGACAAAGCUCUCCUGAACC